AUUCGAAUGAAAAGGGGUGGUCUAUGCCGAUGGUUCUCAAACUUGGCUCUAUGUAAGAAUCACCUGGCGAACAUAAAAAGUACUGAUGCCCAGGUUCCAACCCUAAAGGUUGUGUGUGGCCGUCAGACUUCGGAAGUUUUGAAGGAGCCCCAGGUGAUUGCAAUCUGAAAGCGAGUUUGAGAAUCGUUUACCAGGUGGUGCGGGGGCCGGGCGUAGUGAGCGUCGCGCGCCACUGGGUGGCGCUGCCCGCUCGGCCUGGCGUUCCGGGAGGCGUGGGCCGCGGCCACUGGGUGCGCACCUGCCCCGCCUCCGCCAGGCGGGCCACGGGGCAUGCAGCCGGUCGGGGGCGGGGCUCCGAGGCCAGGACGCGGCGUCGGGUUCCCGGGCAGCCGCCGCCAGCUGGACUCUGCCGCGCUCCUCAUGCUGCUCGUGGACGCCGAUCGGCCGGAGCCCGUGCGCAGCGGGGCGCGCGAGCUCGCGCUCUUCCUGACCCCCGAGCCCGGGGCCGAGCAGCAAGGUGUCACUGUGUCCAGCGGCUCAACCCAGCCUCAUCUUGUCUCGACUAGGGACAGCCUUCAGGAGAAGCUGCAUGCAGCGGAGGUGGAGGAGACCGUCGAGGGCUUGCUCCUCAGGCUGGAAGAGUUUUGCAGCCUGGCUGACAUGAUCAGGAGCGAUACCUCACAGAUCUUGGAGGAAAACAUCCCCCUCCUUAAGGCCAAGGUGAUGGAAAUGCGUGGCAUCUACGCCAAAGUGGACCAGCUGGAGAAGCUGUGGACGCCGGCGGCCCCGACCUUCGAGCUGCCCGCGUUGUACAGAACCGAGGACUAUUUUCCUGUGGACGCCGGGGAGGCAACGCGCCGAGCCCCCAGCUGCCAAAGGCGUCUGUGAGCCCUGCGGUCCUGCCGUCAGGGACAUCGGGAAGUGAAAUCUGUGUGCCGCGCAGAUUGUUCGUUUUGUUUUGUUUUGUUUUGUUUUAUUGUUGUGGAUGCGUUUUCUGAAUUUUCCCCCUUGCUUCACAUGGGCCCACAGGGUUUGGAGAAGCAUUUAGAACCCACAGGUGGGCAGUGCCUCAGAGAUGAGCUGGAGAAGGCCUUCUCCACCGGCGUUUGUCCUGCCUGGUGUUCUGGACAAGGUGGUCACCCAGAGGGAUGGGCUGUGGGGCCUUGGAUUUCCCUUUGCCUUGGAAGGGCUUUGCACAGAGGUUGUGAGGGGCUCGCGCGGUGCCCCCAGGGUGCGUGGCUCCAGGUCCAUACGUGUCGGCCGGUUUGUGUGAACCCCAGUGCCCACUGGCCCUGUGAACCGUCUGAAUAAACGUGUCCAGGUCGCCUGGAUGUAAAUGUU